CAUCCAAGCCAGAAUUACUGACAGCUUUCCCGUUAUACGUUCGUAACUUUGUAGAAUGUUGGUAGGGGCUAAUUAAGUUAAUUGUUACAUUUACGAUAUAUAUCAAUUAAUAUAUGCAUAUAUACAUAUUUAUGCAAACUGAUUGAAUUUGGUGAAAAAAAUUGCAUAAGUGAUACUAAAUUUGAUGUAAAAAGAUAUCAUUAGACAAUUCCAAUUGUGUCAAUUCAUACGCAUGCGUAAUAUUGUGUGUAUGUGUAACUUGUGAUACACGAUUAAGUAAAAUAAUAGAAUUAACGCUGUAUAACAUUUUCGAUCUGGGACGGAAGGUGUGCCCCUUUACGUAUGCCAUUUUGUUGUACUUUGAUGUUUAAGGGAAUUGUUGCUUCAGGCGCAAAUAGGAACAACACUAAAAAAUAAUGGAGGAAAUUAUAGAAAUUGUUAAAGUUGAGGAAGAAAUAGUGUUGACCGAUGAUACUCCUCAAAUCAUAAUUGACACAGAUGAAACUGAGAAAGAAGUUGUAAUAACUACAGAAGAUGAAUCUGGUAAUGUGACAGCUAUUUCCCAAAGUAGCCAGAUUAUACAAAUUAUAACAGAUUAUGAAUGUGUAACAUGUCAUCGCGUUUUCCAAUCAGAAGAUAUGCUAAAGGAACAUUUAGAUGUCUGCAGAGAAGAAGAUGAUUCUACAAGUAUAUUAAGAAAUCAAGAUAAUUAUGAUUCUGAGGAUGAAGAUGAUGCUGAUGCUGAUGCUGAUGCUGAUGAUCCAGAUUAUAAAUUCAAUGAUACAAAUAUUGAAGAAGAUACUAAAGCUCAAAAGAAUAAUAAUGAAAAACCAACGAUCAAACCUGUGCCAGAUACACAAUGCCACUGUUGUGCUGAAGACUUAAAAACUGCCCAUAGCGGUGGUGAAUUUAAAUGUACAGAAUGUGAAUUAUCAUUUAAAAAAAAAUCAUCUUUAGAUAGACACAUAAUAGUAAUACAUUGGAAAUGUGAAUCUUAUGUCUGUAAUGACUGUGAGUCAACUUUUCGUGAUAAAAAAUCAUUAAAUAAACAUCGUUAUACUACGCAUGUCAAUCGCAACAUAUACAAAUGUGAUACUUGUGACACAUAUUUUUCACGUAAUUACCACUUGAAACGUCAUAAAAUGCAAUCUGGUUGUCAUGGAGAAAUACGUAAAACUUUUGAUUGUCAAGUUUGUCAAAAAGUUUUCACACGAAAGGAUAAUCUACGCGAACAUUUGCGCACACAUGCUGGAGCACCUCAAAGACAGAAAAAACCAUGUAAAUAUUGUUCUAAGGAAUUCUUUACUACUCAACAAUUGAUAAUACACGAACGAUUACAUACUGGAGAAAGACCAGUACAAUGUGAUUUGUGUACGAAGACAUUUUUAUCUUCUCUUGCAUUAAAAAAACAUCGUCGUGUACAUACAGGAGAGAAACCAUUUGAAUGCAAAUAUUGUCACAGAAAAUUUGCUGCCCGUGAGACAUUAAAUCGUCAUCAAAGAACGCAUACUGGAGAGAAACCUCAUGUUUGUCAAUAUUGUGGAAAAUCAUUUAUUCAAGCAGCACAAUUAAGAGCACACGUAUUUCAUCAUACCGGUGAAAAUGGAUUUUAUUGUGAUAUUUGUGGUAAAGCAUUUAAUAGAAAAGCUCGCUUGAAUGUACAUAAAAAAUUUGUACACGAAGGUGCAACACCAUUUACAUGUGAGAUAUGUGAGAAAGGCUUCACCCGAAGAGAAGACUUAUCAAAGCAUACAUUGUUGCAUACAGGAAUUAAACCAUUUAAAUGUGAUAAGUGCUCGAAGGCCUUUUCUGCUAAAUCUUCAUUACAAGCACAUCUCAAUACUCAUAGACGAGAGCCACCUCAAUCGUGCGUUGAAUGUAAUCGUGUUUUUAUAAGACAAGACUGUUUGAUGAGACACGUUCGAGCUAAACAUAGAGAACUUCUGGAAGAUGUAAUGGACGAAGUGGAAAGAAAACAUUUACAAGCACAAUUAUUCAAUAUUGCUUCCAUUGCUGCAGAAAAAACUAAAUCAGGAGAAUCUAAAGUACUUUCUACGGAUGAAUUAUUAAAAGCCAUUUCAGAUCUAUUAAGGAUACUUAUUGAUGAAGAAACCUUACAGUUAUUUGGUUGGCCUAUUGCUCCUAUUCAAGAUAUUUUAGAGGCUGUAAUUAGACGUUGUGGUCAUGAACCUCUAACAUCAGAUAGUAAUUUACUUUUCAAUGAAAGGUUAAGAGCUAACGUUAAGCUCUUAUUUACAGUCGUUAUAGAGGAUGAAACAGCCAAGUCAUUAUUAACUACCAAAACGGUAGACCAUGUUAUUCUUCAUGUUUUGGAAAUUUCACAAAAAUAAAAUUGUAAUAUAUAUAUAUAUAUAUAUAUAUAUAUUAUCAUGAUAAUAUGUGGUGACCUAAUUAUACAAAAAAAAAUAUAAAGAUAUAUCUUAAGAAAAGUUAUCUGACCAAUUUACAAAUGUUAACUGCAGUUUGGAUAAAGAAACAAUAGUAUUAUACAUUUAACUUUGUUAGUGUAACUGCUAACUUAUCAUUGCUAUUGUAAUUUAAUUAAGCCUCAAGUACUUUUACGAAUAUAUUUUUUAUUAAGUGAGUAACGUAAAUACUCGAUAUUAAAAAUGCAUAUUAUUUCAAUUAUUAUUUAAUGGGUGAAAGGAGUGAUAUAAUAAUUAUUAUUAAA